AGACUGGUUAACUCAGGUCAAGUCCGGACUGGACUCCCGUCGCCUCUCCGAGUCCGCUCUCCCCUCCUCCCAUGACCCCCCCCCCCAUGCGUGGUCCUCUCUCUCUCUUUCUCUCUCAUCCCCUCUGCCGCCCCUGCUCCUCCGCCGUCGCCGCCUCCCCCUCUUUCUCCUUCACUGUCACAGCUGCUCCCCUCCAUCGCGGCGGUUCGGGAGCUGGCGCUCGGCAGAUCUGGCGAGGUGCUGGCUUGGCCGGGGGAGGCCAUGGCCGACGGUGGAUUUAGGUGUUGCGGCACCCCCAUCCCCGGUAGCCCAGCGGACGCUGCCUCUCCCAGAUGGACCGCGUGGUGCGGCUCCCCCGUCCUAGGUGGCCUCCUCCUCCCCAGAUCGACCGUGCUGUGUUUUGUGAUUCUAAUUGAAUUCAUUCACAAUUAUUGGGUCUUUGGUUAGGUAUGAAUUUGCCUUCUCCAGUGAGAGUUUGUGAAGUUAUGUAUGACGAGCAGGUUAUAUGCUUCAAGUUCGGGAGAUUGGAGGCUUAGUCGUGGCCUGAGCCCAAGGGAUCCCGAGCAUCUGUACCUGCUAAUAUCUAACAGUACACAGUAUUUAAUUAAAGAAAAUGGGCUUGAUCUUAACUUCUAGAUUAAUCAUGCCACUCGCUGCUCGACCUGGUUGUUUUACAGAUCCAGUGUGGAGUCCAUUCCUUGAGUGAAUGGUUACUUGAAAUUGCUGUGAUUCUUUCUUUCUCUGACUUGGAUAUAACAUGGUCACUUCUGGUGUGAUAUAUUAUGAUGUGCAUGAGCACUAAAUGUCUUCAGAGUUAAUUCGAUGGUCCAGUUUGCUAUUGAUGUCUUGUUUACUGUGUGUUCCUUUGUGGCCAUCAUUACUAGUGUGCUGACUUCGUGAUUUAUUGGUUACCUUCUCCAUUACAGCCAUGGCAGGAUUGGCACCAGAAGGGUCCCAGUUUGACGAUAAGCAGUAUGACAAGAAAAUGCAGGAGCAACUUGUACAGGACUGAAGACUUCUUCACUUCAUAUGAUGAAGUUUGUGAAAGUUUUGGCGACAUGGGCCUACAAGAGAACCUUCUGAGAGGCAUCUAUGCCUAUGGUUUUGAGAAGCCGUCAGAUAUUCAACAAAGGGGAAUAGUUCCCUUCUGUAAGGGGCUUGAUGUGAUUCAACAAGCCCAAUCUGGAACUGGAAAAACAGCUACCUUUUGUUCCGGAAUCUUACAGCAGCUUGGUUAGGGAUUGGUUGAGUGCCAGGCUUGGUUAGGGAAUGGGUACCAAGCAGCAGCACCUAUAGGACCGUGGUCAAGUUUUUUUUUUUUUGGGUAAAUUGUCAUCAGUGAAGUGUCUUGUCUGAAUGAGUCUCUGAAGAGAUCCAGUCUAGGCUGAACGAGUCACAGUGAAUAGUCAUUAGUGACGUGUCCUGGCUGUAUGCAUCACUGUUGAGGGGUCAUUAGUGGCGCGUCGUGACUGGACGGGUCACUGGUUAGGUCAUUAGCGAUGUGUUUUUACGUGUCACUGCUAUGUUCACAUCAGAGACGCAAUAUAAGUGACGUGUUUAUUACAUGUCACUAAUGACUGUCAA